AGGCGAUGCGUUUCUUUAAAAAUCAUGUUUAUGUCGUGUAUUUACCAACGGAAUGAUUGUUUUUACACUUAAAUUGAGUUCCGUUUGUAAAAGUUUUCCCCAUGGCUGUAAUUAUUAGAAGCAGGCUAACGUUGCACUGAGCGGCUCCAUAAAGAGGAAGAUGUCCACGGCUAACGUUAGCGAAGACCUCCGAGGGAAGUUUCCCCUGCAUGCCGCAGUGUGGGAGAAUGACUACAGGACGCUGGAGGAACAAAUAACGUUACCACAGAAUGACAUUGAGGCUGUGGAUCCCAGAGGUCGGACACCUCUGCACCUGGCUGUGUCGCUUGGGCACCUGGAAUCCGUAAGAGUCCUUCUGAGACACGGUGCUUCAGUGACUAAAGAAAACAGCAUGAAUUGGACAGUGCUACAGGAGGCAGUCAGCACCGGAGAUCCAGAGAUGGUUCAGUUAGUGCUUCAACGCAGAGACUACCUCAAAGCCUCCACUGCUCUGGGAGGAGUGCCUGAGCUGCUGUCAAAGAUCCGAGAGUCACCAGACUUCUAUAUGGAAAUGAAGUGGGAAUUCACCAGUUGGAUCCCUCUUCUGUCCCGGGUCUGUCCAAGUGAUGUUUGCCGCAUUUGGAAAAGUGGCGCCAGCCUGCGAGUGGAUGCCACUCUCCUAGGCUUUGAAAACAUGACUUGGAUCAGGGGGCGCAGAAGCUACAUCUUCAGAGGAGAUGAUUCAUGUGCAGAGUUGAUGGAGGUGAACCACGACGAUGAAGUAGUGGACACUGAACGCUUCAACAUAUCUCAAGAAAUGGAGGACGUCACGCUCGAGUCAAUGCAGCCAGCCGAACAGGAAGUUGCCAAAAGGUUAACCACUCCUAUUGUCAACACCUACUUGGACACCAAGGAUAUUGCUUUUGAGAGGAACAAGUCCGGGAUUUGGGGCUGGAGAGCUGACAAAACUGAAGUCGUCAAUGGAUUUGAAGCAAAGGUUUUCAGUGUGAACAAUGUAAAUGUGGUAAUCAGGACAAGGACAGAACAUCUUACAGAUGAAGAGAAAGCCCGGAUAAAAAGUGAAAGGAACAUCUUGGAGUCUCUGCUUGGGACUGUGGAGCAGCACAUAAGUGCACAAGGGGACCUGACUCUUGAGUAUGCAACUGCCACCAAUCCCACUGCCAUAACUCCUGAGGAAUACUUUGAUCCUGACUUUGACCUGGGGAACAGAGACAUCGGCCGACCCAUUGAACUAAGCAUUCGAACACAGAAGUUCAAAGGUACACUGUGGAUGAGUGAGGAACAUCCUCUGUCCCUGGUGGAGCAGGUGACCCCCAUUAUUGACCUCAUGGCUCGGACCAGUUCCCAUUUUGCACGGCUACGGGACUUUGUAACUCUGAAGUUUCCCCCUGGGUUCCCUGUUAAAAUAGAGAUUCCCCUGUUUCAUGUGCUGAAUGCCAGGAUUACAUUUGGUAAUGUCAAUAAAUGUAGUACAGAAGAGGAGGCGAAAUCAACGCCAGCAGCAACGCCAGCAGCAACGCCAGCAGCCACACCAACAUCCUCAGGAGAAGAUGAAGAAGCUGCAGCACUGCCUGUGUUUCAAGUGUGUCCUUCAGUGUUUGAAGUGCCCGCCAGUUACCACCGCAGAGGAGGCAGCAGACACACACCCAUGUCCAACAACGACGAGGAGCUUUUGCAGUACGCCAUCCAUCAGAGUCUGCUGGAGUCUCGCAGAGUGCCGGGCCAGGAGGGGAUUUGGGAAGACGCUGAUGGGGAAUUUACUGAUGUAAUGCCCAGUAGCCAGAGUGACAGGAGUAUCCCAGAGGGGGUGCUAGUGGAAUACGGAGACACCCCCAGCUCUGUCAGCUCCCCCUCUGCCUCAAGCCCCGACUCAGAGCUCCGCCUGGCCAUGGAGCUCUCUGCACGGGCCCAGGAGGAAGAGGACAGGUUGAGGAAGCAGGAGGAGGAGGAGCUGGAGAGGAUCUUGCAGCUAUCUCUCACUGAGAAGUAAAAGGAAUAAGAGGGAAAUAAUAAUACAACUUUUUCCAGAUCCAGAAGCAACCACCACACCUCAAGUUUUCCUUCCUAACCACUCUAGUCAUCUAUGCAACCGCAGAUUUCUUUCUAUAGCAGAUCAUUCUUGCACAGGCAAUAUCAGACUCUCGCCAUCCGAUAUUUUCCAAAAGGUAUUUUUGGUAAAAGCAUACUUGUUUAUAUAUAUUUCUAUCUCAGCAUAGUGUGUCUCCAUCCUCAAGCUUAGUUCAUUGACUCUUUCAGAUAAUUUUGGGUCGGUUCUACCUUUUUAUUUAUUUUCUAUCCAAAUCAUUCACAGCAGCAGCAACCCACGUGUGUUGAUCACAUUGUUGUUCAGAGUGGGGUCAAAUCAGUGUAAUUAAGGUCCUAUGAACAGAAUGACUACUCAAGGUGACUUCAUACAGUGCGACAACUCAAAUGUGGAAGGGAAACUUUGAUAUUUUUAAACCUGAGCCCUGUUUGCUUAUGGUUUGUAUCUCAGUGACUAAUGGAGCAACAGUUUUUGAAACUGGUCCAGUAUUGAGCAAGAUGUUUUUCCCACUGGUCACAUAGACACAAACGGGAGAAUGGGGACCAGGUUGACAAAUAGCAAAAUUACCUUUAAGGUCCAGAGCACUGUUGUUUUUGUUUUAUUUUCUUUCUUUUGUUGUUGUAGUCUUGGUACAUUUUGCCUCAGUUAUACUUUUUUUUAGAUGGGUAGAAUGAGCCUAGCACCAUAGAAAGCCACCAGUGCUGUGGACCUAAAGGGACAUAUUUGAGUGAUUUCACUGCAAAGUCUUCCUACAGUCAUUUUGUUAAGGACCAUGGGCUCACUGAAUAACGGACGUCUCAGGGUUCCAGUUUUACACAUUUUCCCUUCACUUUGGAAUUUGUGAAUCUAUCAGAAAUUGUAGCCUGGUAAAUGUUUUCUGGUGCAAAAUAAUAUCACUCAUGCAUAUCUGCCAUAUCAAUAUUAAUUCAGAACACUGAGUUAAUUGAGUCAUAGGUUCAUAAGUCCACUUUCUUGUACUUUGUGAAUGUACACUCUACAGAUGGGUAGACCUUAAAUCAGCUGCAUGGUAACGUAGUAUAUUUGCUGCAACAUGGGGGGGUUAACUUUCCUGGAUGGAUUUUUUUUUUAUGGAACAUUUUCUCAUAUUUCAUGGUGAGACAGGACGUAUUUUUAUUAACUGUCAAUAAGCAACUUCGAGCAUCGUCACCUCAGUUCAGAAACGCAGUAGCAGAGUCCAGUCUGUCUGUGGAUUUACAGCCGUCAUGCCAUUUAAAUGCAGUCACACAAACCGAUGCUGCGGAGAUUAUUCAGAUUCCUAAAGGCAGUCUGUCAGCCUUUUGUAGCCACGAACAACUCUUGACCUCUGAGCAGAAGAAAAGACAGCACAGACUCUUACGAUCAAGCAUGUCCGCCAUAUGUAGGAUUAGUUUCAUCAGCAUGUGCCAAGGGAUUGCUUUGCUCUGUCAACGCUGGGUGGGGACAAGAGGUGGAGAAGAUUUUAUGUGGUGCCACUUAGACUAAAACUUUUGA